AUGCACAUCAUACCGCCCGGUCUCUACCGGGUUGAUAUACUCAUCCUGAUCUCCUAUCAAAUGUGUCACUUCUUCUCGAUCCAGCAGCUGUUCCCGAUUUUCUUGAACUACACUCCAAAAACGACCUGCAUUGAUACCCCGAAAGGAAAAGUUUGCUACGAUGUUCCAAAAAGCAAAUGUCUUCAAUACGACGACUUCCCAAACGUUUGUGCUAACCUCACCGGAACUGCCCUCAGCGACUGCCACACCGAGAAAUCUCACAGCUAUUAUACAUCCGCUGCAAUGGAAUUCAAAAUCUACUGCCUCCCAGUAUGGAAGGAUUUCCGUCCGGCAUUCGUUCAAUACGUCGGUGUCUUGAUCGGAAACAUCAUUUUGGGAUAUGUGGCUGAUCAGAUGGGAAGAAAGAAGACGUUCAUUUUGUCAAUGCUUAUUGGAAUUCCUUCAUUGAGUUUGUCGGCUACUUUCAACUCAAUCGCCGCUUUCUACUUAUUCCGUGCUCUUACUGGAAUCGGAAUCGCUGGAACUAUGAUUGUCGGAUGGGCUUAUUUUUCGGAAUUGGUGUCUCCACAUCAGAGAUUCAAGCUGAGAACUUUCAGUAACUGGGCCAACGCUCGUAUCAUGCUCACUCUGGUGGCUCUGUUCACUGGCGAAUGGCGUCUUUCCUCCCAUGUCUCCGCUUGUAUCUCCAUGAUCACUCUGGCUAUUGUCUAUUUCAUCCUUCCGGAAUCUCAUAUUUGGCUUCGCAAGAAGGGACGUUAUGAGGAAGCCGAGGAGAGCCGUAAGAGAAUCGCCGCGCUCGCUGGAAUCGAAUUCGUGCCAAUGCCACCUCCGGAGAAAGUCGAGAACGCCGAGCCCGAGAAAACUGUGAACAUUUGCACCGUCUUUGCCGAUCCUCAACUCCGCAAGAACAUUCUGAUCCUUUGGUUGAUGUGGUUCGUAACCGGAAUGACCGCCUAUCUGACCGAUUUGUGCGGUGGAGACAUGACGAAGAACUUCUGGGUCGGACAAUUCCUAUCCGGUAUCUUGCUGUCGGUUGUCAGAAUCAUCAUGGGCUUCGCUGAUGGAUAUCUUCCAUGGAUGGGUCGUCGUUUCGUUCUUCUCUGCUCUCAAUCCCUCGCCAUCGUCUUCUUCGGAUGUGUCAUUGCAUUCUUGUUCGCCGGAGAAAAGGGACAAUGGUACUACACGGCUGUCUAUCUCGCUGCCUUCGUUUUCACUUCAAUCGUAUGGGAGCCAUGCUAUUUGUGUGCUUCUGAGUUGAUGCCAACCGAUGUUCGUGCCACAUCGACAGCGUCUUGUUCCAUUGUCGGACGGUUUGCCAAUAUUGGAGCUUCCAUGCUGAGUGGUCUCAAAACGGUUUACGAGCCAGGAGUGCAUAUGAUCUCGAUCAGUUUGGGACUCACCAACGUCAUCGCCGCCUACUUCUUCCUCCAAGAAACCAAGAAUUGCAGUUUGGACAAGGCCGGAACUACCGCUGCUAAGCCGGCAGAGAAAGCAAACGAGCAAGAGAUGACGGAUCUCAUCGACCGUUCCAUUCAAAACGAGGAUCUCGAGAAGAAAUAG